GAACAAGUGGGACCAGCGCAUGGAGAGAGAAAGAGCAGAGAGUUUUGCAGGCUUUCCCUUUUCACUAUUUGACCAGAAGACACUUUUAACAGAAAUUACAAUGAUGGUCUUUAGUAGGAAACCAAACCCAAAAAAAAAGAGAAAACAAUGAGGAAGGAGAAGAAAGCUCACAUAAUAUAAUAAGAUAACAACCCCUCAAGGAGUUGUUGUAAUUGUUGUUGUUAAGUUUACAAGGGAAGAGACACCCAAAAGAAAAGAAAAAAUCCAUCACAGGGAAAGAAAAGAAAAUAAAAGAAAGAAAGAAAGAAGUUUGGUACCAGCAAAAGGCAAAAGCUCUUACUUUUUUUUCCUCUCUCUGUGUCUCUCUCCUAAUAAAGCAAAACCCUCUAAAACCAUUUGUUAGAUUCUUCUUCUUCUGCUUCUUGUUCUCGAUCACAUUCUCUCUCUCUUUCUUCUCUAUAAUCUUCUAUUGUCAACCUGCUGCGAGAGAGAGAGAGAGAAUCUUUCUUCAUUCAAAGUGCUAGCAUAUUUAUUUUUGCCUGAUUUUGUUAUACAUUGUGUUGUAAUAUAGUGAAUCAAUUUGGAUCGAUGACAAAAAUAAGUCCUGAAAUGCAAGAGGCUAUGCGGACAGAAAUUAUUCUUCCAGUUUCAGCUGAUGUGAGCUUUGCUUCUAAUGAGUUUCCAAAAUAUAAAUUGGGACCUGAUAAUCAGAUUCUGGAAGAGCCAAAAGAGGAAAAUAAAGGACCGUCCUUAAAGGAGGUUGUUGAACAGGAAACCAUGCAGCUGGCAGAUCAGCACAAGCGCCUCUCGGUUCGUGACCUUGCUAGUAAAUUUGACAAGAACUUGGCUGCUGCUGCUAAGAUGACUGAGGAGGCAAAGCUCAGAGAGGUGGCUUCUUUGGAAGGACAUGUUCUUUUAAAGAAGCUUAGAGAUGCUUUGGAAUCUUUAAGAGGACGAAUGGCUGGGCGAAACAAGGAGGAUGUAGAGCAAGCUAUCUCCAUGGUGGAGGCGCUAGCAGUUAAAUUAACUCAGAAAGAAGGAGAACUAAUUCAGGAAAAAUUUGAAGUGAAAAAGCUGGCUAACUUUCUUAAACAGGCUUCUGAAGAUGCUAAGAAGUUGGUCAAUCAAGAGAAAUCUUUUGCUUGUGCUGAAAUUGAAAGUGCCAGGGCAGUUGUGCAAAGGUUUGGGGAGGCCCUAGAUGAAGAAGAAAAGAAUGCUCAGAAUUCGAAAAAUCAGACUCCUGAUGUGGAUGGACUAGUUGAGGAAGUUCAAGAAGCUAGAAGAAUUAAAUUGUUACAUCAACCAAGCAAGGUGAUGGACAUGGAGCAUGAACUUCGUGCACUAAGAGCUCAGAUUCGGGAGAAAUCUAUUUUUUCAGUUAAACUUCAAAAUGAGCUGGCAAUGAGCAAGAGAGCUGAGCAAAAUAAAUCCUCUCCAUAUAUCCUAGAUGGUUUUGCUACUCUAGGUUCAUGUAUGCAAGUCCAGCCUCGAUCAGAUAGUUCUCCUCCACUUUCAAAGUGCUCAAUUCAGUGGUAUCGUGUUUCAUGUGAUGGGAGUCAAAAAGAAGCUAUUUUGGGUGCCAACACAUCCACUUAUGCUCCUGAACCCUUUGAUGUUGGACGAGUACUGCAAGCAGACAUCAUUUCAAAUGGCCAAAGGGCCUCGGUGACCACUACUGCUCCCAUUGAAACUGCCGCAGGAUUGGGAAGCUAUGUAGAGACGCUUCUCCGAAAAUCUAGCUCUGAAUUCAAUGUAGUAAUUUCCCAGAUGAAUGGACAAGAUCAUCCAUCACAUUCUGUUCAUGCAUUGAAUGUGGGAAAAAUGAGAAUAAAGCUUUGUAGAGGAUGGAUUACAAAGGCCAGAGAAAUUUAUUCCACACCGAUGCAGUUAUGUGGAGUACGAACUAAUGGCAAUGCCGCAGCAAAGGCAUUGUUUUGGCAACCAAGGAAGGGCCUCUCAUAUGUUCUGACAUUUGAAUCAGAACGAGAAAGGAAUGCAGCCAUAAUGCUUGCCAGGAAAUAUGCUUAUGACUGCAAUGUCAUACUUACGGGACCAGAUGAUCAAGUAUAGAGCUAAAUGCAACUGACCCCCUAACUAAUGCGAGUAUAAUCAGGUUUUUCGUAGUGUGAGUGAUAUGCAUGUGUGUGUUUGCCAUGGUGAAGAAGAAUGCACCUUUCAUUUUGUAUUUUGGGUUCUACUGAUCUGUGUUGCAGUCAUCUUAGGCAUAUUUUUUUUAUUUGCCUAAUCAUCUAUUGUAACAAAUUCAUCAUUUUUAAUUGAUUGGUUCAUUUGUCGCA